AUGAGUGCAUGCAAAGUGCGUAAGUGGGUCAGAGACUUCAAUGCUGGCCAUGACAACUUCUAUGAUGAAUCCUGCUCUGGUCUCCCAUCUGUGAUCCCAGACGAUGUGGUGGCUUCAGUUGAAGCAAAAAUUCUUGAUAAUAGAUGUUUCACCAUAAGCACUCUUUCAAAUGAAUUUUCUGAAGUGUCUAAGUCAGUGCUGUACAAGAUUGUUUCUAAGAGAUCCAAGACUUCUCAGGAAAUAAAUAGCUUUGAUUUAGAAGCAAUAGAACCAGACACUGCUUCCGAUAUUUCUUCAAGGACUGAUUCUGUGACUAAAUUACCUAGAUUUCUGCCAGAACUUGGAAAACACCAUUUGUUGAAAGGAACAGAGAAAAAUUCCAUUACUAGUGAAAUUUCAUCUGAUGUGUCUAGUGGUGAACAAUUAAGACCUAUACCUCCCCCAAGAAAAAGCAAGAAAAUUUAUAGUUUAAAAGAAAUAACAUCAUUACAGUCAAAGUCAGAUGAAGAUGUAGUACAAGAAAUCAAUAAUGUAGAAGAAAAUUCAGAAGAUGUUCCUAUUCAGAAAGAGGAAUUAAAUAAACUGUAUGCAGAAUGUCAUCCUAGAGCACAAAGAAGAAAUUUAAUGAAAAGAGAUAUUAAAAAGAGGGAUCAUGUAGCUGAGCCUUUUACUGAAGAAACUACUGAUCCUGCUGAAAAAAAUGAAACUGAUGCUUUUGAUUUUUUCACAUAUAAUGAAGAACCACAUACUGUAUCUUCAGAAGUAACUCCUUCAGAAGCAGUUGAAGAAAUAACUCAAGAGGAGACAGAUUCUGUUGGUCUUAUUAAAAAAGAACUCCAAGAAAAGCUCACAGGUAUAGAUAUCACGAAGCGUGAAGGAGCAUCCUAUAUUCCAUUUCAUAUUAAAAUUGAAAAGGAGAAAAAUUCCUUUUUUCAUCCAUCUUUUAAACCAGUUCCAGUUAAUUUAAAGAUACCAGAAGGUAUGCAGCCAAGAAAUUUGGCCGAUGAAGGUUUUUUUGUUGGGAAAAAACCAUCUGUACCUAAAAGAAAUAUUAAUAAGUUAGAAAAUCGCUUACUUACUCAAAAGGAACUGCAAUGGUUUGGAGAAGAUGGAUGUGUAAAAAUGGCACCUGAUCCUGUGUGUAAGAGUCCAGCUCGUCUAGUGAUUGAGGAAGAAAUGGACACAUUUCCUGCUGUUGAGUAUGUUAAGGCUUCACUCAAUUCAGAUAAAUGGAAACUGAAUGUGAAGAAUGACAAGGGAUAUCAGUUAGAUUUAGAUAUAUCAUCCAUUUCAUUUUUGCAUCAUCCUCUUUUCAGUUCUGAGCAUAUAAUCGAAUCUCGUUUGAUUCAGAUGUGUGAAAAAUAUUCAUGCAAUGAAAAGCUGGAUUUAGUGAACACUCUAAAACAAAAUCUGAAAGCUCUAAGGUCUGCUGCUACUAAUUUGAAGCAGAGUAUGGAAAGAGGGAUGGAAGAAACUGCAAUCAAUAAUGAGAGACUGGCUCGGUUAAAGCAAUAUCAAAAUGACAUCAGGCAAACAAAAAAAAUUAGGGAUGUGAGAGAAGCUGAACAACUGUCUUUGUGGAAGACUAUUUUAAGUACAUGGGAAGAGUUGAAGAAAUGUCGUCAGAAUCAGGGUUUCACAUCAACGUCCUUGAAUCUUAUGAUUAAUGAAGAAAAAUGUGAUGAAGCCGUUGAAAAAGAAGAGUGGGAAAGAGAACUUCUUGAUGAACUAGAGGAAGAAAUGGAAGAUUAUGAAGCUCGCUCUGAAAAAUUAUUUGAAGAGUAUGAAACUGCAAUGAAUAAAUGGAAGCAAUGGAAUAAAGCUCAGAAAUUAGCUAAAAAAAGACAAAAGCUUCGGAGAAAGCUAGAAGAAGAGCCUGAUGUGGAGUAUGAUAGUGAUGUGGGAGAUUUACAGGCUACAAGGUUUGAAGAUGAAAAAAUUUUGUCUGAGCCAGAAAUGGCAAAACCAAAACCUGUUUCAAAAUUCAACUCUGCAAUUACUUUGGAGAAACUAAAGCAUAAUGCUCUUCAAAUGAGGAAAAAGCCAGGUGCUCCUAAACUACAUAUUUCUGUCAAUCAUGAUAUUCCUAUCACACCUUUGAAUCAGUGUCCGAGGCAAGAAGUGCAAAGAAGAAAUGCAGUUUCCAAGAAAAAACUGUACUUCAAGAUUAUGUAUAAUAGCAAAAAAGUAUCUGAAACUUGUGAAAGGAACCUAAAUCAGGAUUUUAAAGCAAUUUGGGGACAAAUUUUUAAGAUUCAAAUUGUACAGUAUCCCCUAAAUCUCAGAAUUGAGAUUUUUGAGAGUGGGACUUUUUCUGGUAGCCACUUAGCAGAGUUAUAUAUUCCUAUUCCAGCUGCUUCUCAAACAGCUUUGAAUGCAAAGCUUAUUGAUCAUCAGUUUAGUUCAGAUAAAGCAGUUCCACCAAAGUAUAAUGCAGUUGGAAGUGGUGUUUCAUACAAAUAUGAAAAUGGAAAUGAAAUGGUUUUAUUAACCAAUGGCAUUUUGAAGUGUUCUCUAGUCUGGGGAGUUUCUGAAGAUGGAACAGUCUUAGUACCUCCAAAAAUUGAACUGUUGCCAAGGGAUGCGGGGAGAAUGACUUCUUUUUCCUAUCUAACAUCUCUAAGGUUCUCUAACAUAGAAAAGUUACACCAGUGGAUUAAAAAUUCAAAUUUGGAUCCUCAUAAUCCUGAAAAUGCUGCUUUAUUUCAUUUAUUCCAAGAUUUAGGACUAGAUGAAGAUAGUGCUGAGGGAAAUUCUGAUGUUUAUAAUUCAGAACCAUUGUUAGGAGAGUUUGAUUUUUGUUCCAUGGAAGAAAUUGAAAAUAACAAGCGUUUCAAACUCCUACAGCUAAGAAAUCAUGAUAUUUCUCAAUUUCGUAACUUAAGAAUGAUUCCUGCUGAUGAGAAGGACCUGAAAGAUGACAUGAUUAAGGCUUUAUACCAGAAACCUGAAGAUGAUGAGAGAAAAAAUGAGGUAGAAAAGGCUCCUCAGAGAGAAAAGGCAAAAAUGCUCAUGCAGAAAGUUCGUGAAGAAGUUGCUGAACGUUUUUAUAUAUCCCAACAUCAAAAAAUGCUUGAAGAUGUUGUUGUUGAAGAAAAAGUUCCCAGCAUUGGAAUGAUAGGUUUUAGCCUCUUGAAACUUCUUCAGACAAAACGCCCUUUGUAUCCUGCAAGAAAAGAACGCAAGAAAGUGAUUUGUGCUAUUGGCAAUAUGAAUGUCAAAAUUAUUAUUAAGAUACUACAUGCCACAAAUGUUCCUGUGAGAAUGGAUGUUAGUCCAUUUGAACAAAAAGAAUCAUCUUCUGAAGAAACAGCAAUUCACAUUGAAAGUCAAGUGCAGCCUUUUGUAGAAGUAAUGUUUCAAAGAGUUGCUGUUAAGACUGGUAUAGCUGAUGGACCUCAUCCAACAUGGAACCAAGAAUUAAUACUUCCAUUUCAGGCAGCUAAUGCUGACUAUAGUCCAACUAGUUUAGAAUCAGUUAAAGAUAUCAUUUAUAUCAACCUUUUUGACGAAGUUGCAGUAGAUCUCUUAGAGGAUGAUAAAGAGAGAAGUACAGUGGUGUAUGAAAGACUGGAAAGACGGUGGCUUGGAAAUUUAAAAAUUCCAUUUACAACUUUGUACUUGAAUUCAAAGAUUGAAGGUAUGUUUAGAAUUAAUGUCCCUCCAGUUCUCCUAAGCUAUCAGAAUGAACCCAGGCCUUGGCUGUCAGGCAUGCCAGGUGUUUCAUCAAAUCAAACAUAUCUUUCAUUUUUUAUGACUAUUGAACCUUGUCUACAGUUACCUGAUGUUUUCAGGGAUCAGUAUGACAGUGGAGAACCAGAAAAAGUGUUAUCUGAAGUAGAAAAAUGGCGUCAAACUGUUAUUCCUCGGUAUCCCGAUCGAAUGAUAAAACUUAUGUCUGUGGAUUUGAGUGGAAAAUGGAUAUUCAUUACUCGAUUUCUGCGUCCACUCGCUCCUCCCGAAGAACUGGUAACUGGCAAUAAGGACUCAAUUGAAACAAUGGAACUUUUGGCUCGAUUUGUCUCCCUGAUUCCUACAGUAUCUGACAGCAUUGCUUUUCCAGGAUUAUGUGAUAUAUGGAGUACAUCUGACCAAUUCCUUCAAAUGUUAACUGGGGAUGAAGAGGAACAUGCCAUUCUUUUGUGCAAUUAUUUCCUUCAUCUUGGGAAAAAAGCAAUGCUGCUGUUAGGGUCUGGAGUCCCAGAAGGACCAACGGCUUAUGUUGCUACUUGGGAGAAAUCAAAAGAUGUGCUUGUGUGGAAUGCUUCAACUGGAGAUCAUUUCAGUGUCAGAGAUAAUUACUGCCCCCUUCAAAGUGUUGGAUGCUUAAUCAGUCCAGAUAAUGUUUGGGCCAAUAUCCAAAAGAAUAAUCAUCCUUCUAGAAUAAAUUUUGAUUUGAAUAAAAGUGGGGAAUGGAAACCAUUUUUUAGUCGUAGCUUUCCGAAUCUUGGACUAAGAAGUAUACAGCCAACUGCUUUAAAUUAUAAUUCUACUGAUCCUGAUUAUGUUAAAAAUCUGGAAGAAGGCAUACGAAAUAAUCUUGAAGAAACCAUUAUGAAAUGGAGAUACAAAACUACAACAUCUUGGAAUAGCAACUGCAAUAAAGUUUUGUACAAAAUAUUAACCAGACUUGAAAGAAAUGCUGGUAGAACAGCUAGUGAUGAUUCCUUGCAAGAAUUAGAACAGAUACUUCGUACGCAUAAAGUGAAUGGAUUUCCUUUGACAAUGCCAUAUACUGACAAUGAUGCUGUUGUGGAAAGUGUCUUUGCUACUGGUGUUCACCAAACAGAAGAUAAAAAUGCUGAAUUUUCUUUAGCUGUAUAUAUCCAUGCAUAUCCUUGCUCAGUUCUGGCUGUAUGGGUAUAUGUUGCCACUUUGAUACGCCGCCGGAAUUCAGAUGACACAGAGUAAGAUCAAAAACUUCAAUAUUUGGUAUAAGAAAACUAAUGAUGAAGAUACACAGUUAAAAAUCUCUCAUAAUUAAUUCAACAAGUUUGAUGUGCCUUGUCUACUGAAUAUAUCAAAACAUCUAAAAUUUUAUAUUUUCUAGUCAUAUACUUCUAUUUAUUUUAGAAAUUUUUCUAUGUGAAUGAAAACUGGGUGUAUUUUUUCAUCUAAAGAGUUUUUAAUAAAAUAAAAAUCCAAUCUGU